AUGGCUCCCGGUGUACUAUGGGUUGCUUCACGCGUCGUGAAUCCUGAUAAGCUUUCUACUGAGAAGUUCUGCGAUUGGUACGAGAAUGAACACAUCCAAGAAGUCAUCAGCCUCGGCGGCGUGCCCUCCGGUGUACGCUACCAAGCCAUACAACCCCAACCACCAUCUGUCUACAGCAACGAAUUCCCAUGGCUAGUAACCUACGAAUUCCCCGACCUCGCCUACAGAGAAAGCGAAGACUUCAAAAACAUAGCCGGCAAGAACCCUCCCAGCCAAGAACUAAUCAACACAAUAUACAAAAACUCCGCCUUCGCCAUCCGUUUCUACGAAGAGAUCCAGGCCGUCAAAGGAGCCACUUCAUCCCGGACUAAAUUCGUCAUCUCGGCCGCUCUCCAACCACCCAAAGACGCUUCUUCAGAUGCAGACUUCGAUGCGUGGUACCGCGAAGAACACCUUCCGGUUCUUUCCCGCGCACCGGGCUUUGUGCGCUCGCGCCGGUUUAAACUAGCCGCUGCAUCUACGCUGGAGGACUUCCAGUUUGGAGAUGCGAUGGAUACGGCGCCGAGGUAUUUGGCGUUGCAUGAGUUUAGUGGGGAGGUACUGCCUUGGAAGGAAUUGGAGGCGAGUGGGCAGACGGAGUGGGCGAAGAAGGUUAUGGGGGGUUUGGUCAAGGAGGAGGUUGGGUUGUAUGAGGUCAAGAGGGUGUAUAGUGAGGAGGAGUGGGGGAGUGUUGGGAAAUAG